AUGCUGCUCAUUUUGGCAUGGCAGCUCAGGCGCCCUGCGCCAGCCGGCUCCAGCCCAUCAGCCAUCAAGCACGGCUGGCCGCAGCAUGAACGAGCGCUGGAAGGCGAGGCCACCAGCAGUGGCGCCGCUCGGUCGGCCGAGCAGCAGCAGCCGCGCCCAGUCGACGCGCGGCUGGCGCACCUGCUGCUGCCGCUGACCAACUUCAGCGCGCUGACCACGGCCGCGCUGCUGGACGCGGGCGGAGGCGCAGGCGGCGAUCAAGCCAGGCGGCUGGUGCGGCUGCACCAGGACCUUUUCUGCAGCGCGCGCCUACACAAGCCAGACCCUGAGGGCACCUCGUGGACCAAGUUCGGCAACGCGUCGAUGCUGGUGUAUGCGUCCGACGACAUCGUCAGCAACCACCUGAGGAGUGACGCCCACAACUGGGAGGACCACGAGGUCAAACAAAUGCUCUAUGCCAUGAGGGCGCCCGUCCCCCAGUCCCCGUCGGACGCCAAUACACCGAAACGCUGGCGGCGGUCGCGUCCGCCGUUUGUCGUAGACAUCGGCGCUAACGUCGGGUGGUUCACGCUCAACGCCGCCGCCGCGGGCGCCACGGUGGCCGCGUUUGAAGCCAUGGCCAGCAAUAUCCAGCUGGUGCGCUCGUCCCUCUGUGCCAACCCCUGGCUCAUGGACCGUGUGGCGCUGUACGGCACUGGCCUCGGUACCAAGCGCACCAAGUGCAUCAUCCUGAGUGGCACGAUCAACCGGGGCGAUGGCCACACCCUGUGUGACGACGACCGCCCGCACAGGGAGGUGGAACAGGAAUGGAAGCUCAAAAGCGGCUAUGAUUAUGAGGUUCGGGGGGAGAUGAGUGUCAUGCGGCUUGAUGGCCUCAUAGACCAUGAUGUGCAGGUUGUGAAAAUUGACGUGGAGGGCUUUGAAACACAGGUGCUGAAAGGGGCGGAGCGCCUGCUGAGGGGCCGCAACGUGUGGUUUGUCAUGGCGGAGUGCAACAAGGACUUCCUGAAGGAAGACGGCCAGGCAGCAUUUCUGAAGUGA